ACAGCAGUCAGAGGGGCAGAGAGGCUGAGACCAACCCAGAAACAUCCAGUUCUUACACUGAAGCUUGCAUCCUCGCCUCCAGCAUGAAGGUCUCUGCAGCACUUCUGUGCCUGCUGCUCAUAGCAGCCACCUUCACCCCCCAGGGGCUCGCUCAGCCAGAUGCAAUCAAUGCCCCAGUCACCUGCUGCUAUAUCUUCACCAAUAAGAGGAUCUCACUGCAGAGGCUGGUGAGCUACAGAAGAAUCACCAGCAGCAAGUGUCCCAAAGAAGCUGUGAUCUUCAAGACCAAACUGGCCAAGGAGAUCUGUGCUGACCCCAAGCAGAAGUGGGUUGAAGAUUCCAUUGACCACCUGGACAAGCAAAUCCAAACUCCAAAGCCUUGAACACUCACUCCAUAACCCCAAAAUCUACAGCUAACUUAUUUUUCCCUAUCUUUCCCCAGAUACUCUGUUUUAUUUUAUUAUAAUUUCAAAGGACAUGAAUUUUGUUUGUUAAUAUGAAACAUUUUGCCUUAAGUAAUGUUAAUAUUGUUUAAGUUAUUGAUGUUUUAAGUUUAUCUUCCACGGUACUAAUGUUUUUUAUAUAAAGAGACUCAGGCAAAUUGCCUUUUCUCUGUGAACCGCAAUUCUACCCCUGGGAUGUUUUGAGGGUCUUUGCAAGAAUCAUCAAUACAAAGACUUUUUGUUUUAACAAUCCAGUGCAUUGCUGAAAUAUUAUUGUGGAAAUGAAUAUUAUAUAAUUAUUACACAAAAUAAAUAUAUUUUUGUACAAAA